CUGUGCACGUGCGCUCCCCACACUACUUUCCUCUGUGUUUGCCGCGUUCCCAAGCGCCCAGCGUUCUACUUGCUGUUCACUUGGCGAUCGUUGCCGUCUUGUCGUCUCCCGUGUAUCUUUUGUGUGUGCGCUAUACCAUCACUCUCGCGAGCGUGCACCGUCAUCCUUCUAGAACAACCGAAGCCCCCUUCCCCCUUUGUUCCUUCAACGCAUCGUUCACUAUGGCCUCCGCUGCUGUGCUCAAGAGUGCACGAUCCCACCCCAAGCUCCUGUCGCUACAGCACGUUAACGACGCCUUUCUCUCCUGCAGUGGCGACGCGCCCAUGACCCCGCUGGGCUACGACACGCCUCUCUUCGCUGCCACUGUGUCCCCGCGUGACCCCGCUGCCAAGCUGGCUGCCGCAACCUCAGGACCCGCCGCCAAGGCGCAAUCCAGCCCUGCGUUCACCAGCCACCGCGUGUGCAUCCCGUCCUCUGGAUCGAGCGACGACGUUUCCGACGAUGAUGAGGACGAGUCCGAGGACGGCGGGCGUACCGGGUCCUCUGCUUCGGGCAAGUCCCUCAAGGGCAAUACAGGUCGGUGGACUGAAGCUGAGCACAAGCUCUUCUUGCAGGGUCUCGAGACCUUCCCCUACCGCGCCUGGAAGAAGAUCGCGACGCUCAUCAAGACCCGCACAGUUGUGCAGAUCCGAACGCAUGCGCAGAAAUACUACCAGAAGCUGGAGAAGGAGGAGGCACGUCUUAAGGAGCGUGAAGCUCAAGACCGAGCAGCAAUCGCUGCUGGUGCUGCGCCCUCCUCCAUCCCUACUAGCCCCGCUUCACAGAAGAAGAAAAUGCACCUCAUGCGUAAGCGCAAGUGCUCCAUGCUUGACAUGGACACAGAUACCGACAGCGACGCGUCUGUGCUCCCCAGUGUACCCAAACGUCUUGCUCGCGAGCAGCCUCUUGCAGUCCACAUGUCCCCGAAGCAGAAGAUGCCGUCUCUUUCGAGCAACAAGGUGUUCUUCGCCAGCCCCAUUGACACCCGAUUCAUGUUCGCACGCAACAUGAAGAGCCACGCUGCCAUGCAGCCGCCCCACCAGCUUCCGCUGGACUUCGCCGAUGCUGCAGCUGAAUCCAUGAUCCUUGACUUCGCGGAGGACAAAGCACUGGCCGACUACUCGCUGCACUGCGUUGACCAGACCCUCGCUUCUAUUGACAACGACGACCUGUUGCAGCUUACUGAGGAGGAACUUGAGUGGUUCUCGAACUCGGAACAGGAAAAGCCUGAUGACGUCAAGGCUGAAGCUGGGGAGACCGCCAGUGUGGCACCUUUUUCGGAGCUUGACAGUGCUUCGCUGGGUGGUGAGAAUUUUGCUGUCGACCUGUGUCUGGACGACGCCGACGACGAUUUUGUGCUGGACCCUGAAAAGUUCCUGUCAAGCUACUUCGCCCCGAACGAGAAGGCAUGAAAUGGGAAGGGCGACGUCGUGGUGGUCACAAGUGCUGCAGCUUCCUCGUAGAGCGCCGUCCCAUUUGUCCGUCCGUCCGUAGUUUCUAGUCCUUUUUUGAGAUCCCCGUACCAAGCUUCCUGUUGCGUCAGGCGCUUUGCUGCAGUAGUUUGUAGCGUGGCGCUCUCCUUGAGAAGCGCCCUAUUAUUAUUAUUAUUCAAACAUCAAAACAUUUUUUUU